UUGUAGUUAAAAAUAGAAGAAAUUGGGGAAAAAAGUUAAUCCAUAAGAUAAAAGCAACACCACAGCCAUAUUUUUAUGCAGUUUAAAUGAAUCUCUAUCCAUUUUUAAUAGGCACAUGCGAAGACUACCCUUUUAGUAACCCAUUUUUGCAGAUUGUGGACAAAUUUUAUCAGCUGAUGAAAGAUACUAAACUAAAUCUGCAAACUCGUAUUUAGGGAAGGCGAUGGAACAAAACGUGCAUGUGCAGUACCUGACAUUAAGGGCCAUAUGCCCAAAGCUGUUGACACCAAGGAAGAAUGAAUGUCCUGUGUUCCCAUCACUUUUCAAAAGGAAAAAAAUGCAUGUGCCAAAUAUUUGCCUGUGGUUGACUGCAGAUGCUAGACCAGGUAUUUACAAGGCACCUAUCACCUUGGUACCUAAGCACUUUGAAAAAUGCACCCACCCCAGGAGGCAUGAUGCAGAUACAGACAGAGGCCCAGGUCCAGAGCAGCAGAGGCAGGUCCCAGGAAGCUCUCCAACUGUGUUCCCGCUGUUGUUGAGCUCCUGGCCCACUUGGUGUGGCCAAGGAACAUCUCCACCCACCUGUCAGCAGGAAGACGGUGCCCCACCCCUCACCUGCAGCUCCGCUGGUGGGCAAUCUGAAAAGGAAAGAUAAUGGAAAAGGCAACGAUCCAGUAGCAGAGGUGAAACAGGAAUGGUGGGAUUUCAAAAGGAGGGCUUCUUAAAGAGCAGCACAUCUCAGGGGAGGGAUCAGCUGCCAGUUCAAGUGGCAGAUGUCACUGGGGAGCAAGAUGGGGAGGUUCCUGGAUCCUCGGGGCAAGCCAGCCAUCACAGAGGGAGCUUGCUGUCCACGCCGGCCGAAGAACAGGAAUCCUCGGUGCCUGCCUCUGAUGAAGACUCACCAGCCAGGACCACAGAGAGCUGGCAGUGGCCACUGUCCUCGUCUGAAACGCACAGCAACGUUGGGGAGGAUUUUGAGGGAUUUCAGACGCCAGCGCGGACUCCGGAGUGUACCAUGGACAUACAGUCUCCCGGGGAUCAGUCACUCAGUAGAACUCCUCAGUUUGAAAGUGACUCUCCUGAGGAGGAGGGAAAUGAUGAAAUGAAUGAAGAGCGCUGCGGUGUUGAGCCUGUCCCUAGGGAUCGGGGUUGGAGAGGGCAGCCCCAGCUAACAGAGGGAGAGAAGCUGUUGAUGGAAACCAACAGUAGGAUUGUGCAGCUGCUGGAAAAUAUCAAGAGGGAGCAUGCACAGUCCAUGGGCCUCAUGUCCCAGUCCAUGGGCCGCAUGGAGCUGCAGCUGGGCAUUGUGGCUACCUCCACAAGAGCCAUCCAUAACUACCUGUCAGAGAUUUUAGCUUUCCUCAAGCAGCCGAGGACGCAGGUCCUUGAAACGCGCAUUUCCCAAAGAGCCACCCCCCAUGUCGAGUUGACCUGUGCCUCGACAUGGACCGGGGAGGACGCAGUGGCAUCCUCCACUGUGUGCUUACCUGGGGCCGAGGGGACAGGCGACUCUCGAGACCCGCCGCAGGCCACCCUGCCUUGUCGCAGUGGCCGGCUGCAGAGAGCCAUAACCGAGAGGGCCUCGCUGCCCAUGCCUCCACGCCAGGCAAAAGGGGGAGGGAAGAAAAAAUAACCAUUCCAUAAGGUUUUUAGAGGUUUUUUUUUAAUGUGCCUGUCCUUUUAAUUCUUAGCCAUAAGGCCACUGGUGGCAGAGUUUCAACCAUUUCCUACAUUGGCUAACAUUGUAUUCUGGCUGACUAGAUUAGUCUAACAUUUUGUAGUUUAUAUUUGCACUGUUAACUAUGUGUGCUGCUGGUAUUUGAAGAACAUUUGCCUCUGUUCUUUCACUUUAACUUCAUACAAGCAUUUUUUUACUCUGUGCCAGGCAUUCAUUGCUUUUCUUACAAAUACAAGUCAUUUCUUGAGGCAGCUGUUUUUUGAGUUUUCUUUCUCCAUUAUCCCAUCCCCUCUGAGCAAGCACUCGGGACUUGGUGGUAAGUAUAGAGGUCUUCGCAAUACUCGCCUCCAAAACUGUGUUCGAUCAGUCUUUGCCUGGUGUUUCUGGCAUGCCAGCCUGAGGUGUUGGGGUCAGCCUGUACCGGAUCAUGAUCAUUCUUAUCCUCUGUGGGUCUGACCAGCUCAGUUUCUAAGACCCUCGGUGGAGCUAAUCCACAUGUCUUGGCUAUGUCGUACAAUAAGUAAUGUUGCCAGGAUCAUACCUCAUAUUUCUCCUUUGGGGGCUGUAUAGUGAUGUGCCACCAGAUCUAUCUAGGCACCUGGCUCUCGUUUUCAAAGUUCCUUUCAUGAUGGAUCUGGUGGUUUGAUGGGCAGCAUUAUAAUUUUUCCUCUGAGAGAGUCUGGGGAUUGGAAACAGGAGUCACUAAGCAAUGUGUUCUAUGGGGAUAAGAGCCAUCUCCUGCAACAAAUCUAUUAGGAGGAGACUGUCCCCUGUAAUUAGCAGAGAUAUUAAUUAUUUAAGAAAAAGAGAAAAAAAAAGAAAAAAAGCAACUUGCCUGGCAGCCAGACCUCUUGAGAAUGUAAAAGUCAUGACAUGCUAUUGGGUACUGUGCUCCUCUGUCUGUGAUUAAGAGCUUCUCAUCAGAGACGACCUACAUCUUUAUAAAACACAACUACUUCCUGUGCCUUUAGGCCAUCUAAUUUUCUGAGGGCUGGCACCCUGAACAGAGCACGGGGCCCAUUGGUAACCCACAGGGUAGAUGGAAAUGCACUUUGCAAUAAAUUAUUUUAUAUCUGUUGGUGCUGCCUCUCUCGGGGGAAUUUAAAUUAGUGGCACUCAAACUGCUAUAUGCAUGCAGAGGCAUCAGACUUGGCUUUUCCAUGUGGUAUCCCUGACAGUUCUCUGAAAGGAUGCUGUUGCCAGGAGCCCCCUGAGCGGUGGUGACCUGUUCUCACAGGUGUAGCAUGGCUCCUAUGUUUGACUCUCAACACACCGUUGUAACUUCUCGGGAAUGUUCAGAAGAGUUUAUAUGGCAAAGCAGUGAUGAAUGGAAAAUACUAGAGAACAACCAUAGGCUUAAAAAUCCUCUUCUAUGAUUACAACUGAGCUGUGCUCUCUGUCCAGUGAGACAUAGACUCUUCCUCCCUGUCUUUCUGUGAGGUUAUUCAAGAUAAAGCAGAUCAUAUUUUGUUAUUCUGCCAGUCAGCCACAAAUUGCUCCCGUAUAAGUGUGUGUGCGCGCGUGUGUGCUUGUGGCUGUACUUUGCUAAAUGACCGAUUUAAGGAUGAAAUUGCAUCUGGCAUGGCCAACCUCCAGUGUAGGCUUUUUCCACUACCAAAUAUUUCUUCCCUUUCACCUCCAUCCAGAUGAGUUCCUUGUAAAAAUGCCAUUGGAGGUGGUCUUCUUUGGCCACACUUCACACCAGGUGCCAAUUUUUGCAUCUAUUUUGUAGCUUUUUUUUUUUUUAAUAUCUCUUUUGUCAGAACUAUUUGUAAAGUUAUCCUCAGAGACUUUCCAGCACAAGCUUGUAAGCUUUUCCCUCUCACUGGUGCAAGAAAUGCAUGCUGCAGAGUAUUUGAGGUCACAAGAAGGUUGGGAGAGAAGCUAAUUAGUAAGCCUAACAAAUUAUUCCAGUACGUGUGGCCUUCUAAACAAGCUGGUUCUGGUGCAUAAGUGGUUUGCACACUGGUGCUGUGGAUGUGAACAGCCCAGUUCAAAGCACAGGGUUUGUCCCAAAAUGUUUACAUCUUCUUUCUUUUGGAUGAGUUUGAGUGAAGCUAAGUACAAUUCAGCCAGACAAUUUGGCCUAAUUAGCACGUUUGAUAAUGCAGUGAGAAUGUUUUUUAUUUUGCACAGUGCUUUCACUUCAGAAGGGUGGUGCAGUUGUGGCCAGAUGUUAAGAAUUUGACUUGCUCUUCAGGACCCGCCAUGUAGCUGCUACCAUUUAGAACCAGUCUCAUUCUCACGUGCUGGCUACUUUCAUGGCUUCAAAUUUUUUUGUUGUAGUCUCAAAACAACAACCUCCACUCCACCUUUGCUUCCUGACUAAAGGCAGCAGAGCAAAAAGAUGUAGCAGUGCUGCAGUUGAAAGUGCCAUGCAAGGAAGCACUAAAGAGUUCCUUGCAAAGCAGCUUAAGCUUUAACCUACUCUCCUCUUCCAUUUCCAAGUGCUUUAGCUAGACAUGGCAAGGCACAAAGCACCACUCCAACAGGAGCAGCCAUAGGUGUGAGAAGGACUGGGAACCUGUCUACAGACAAGAAACCUGCAAUAAACUUACACAAAGCCAAAGUUUUUUUCC